ACCAAAUUGUUGGGGGUUUGGAGGUGGCCAUGCAAGAUGUUUUGUGAUAAACGAAUGGUGCGCAUAAUAAACAAUUAAACCAAUAUUAUAGCGUGACGCGUUGUUUCAGCAGAUAUGUUUGAAUCAUUUGAGCAAAUAGUUCGAAUCGACAAAGAAAAAGCCUUUCACUCAAAACAUCUUUCUCACAUGCGAUAGGAAUUUUACGUCACAAAUUUGAUCGGAAUGAGAGUGUAGUGCCGCGACGAGGUUAUACUAGAAAUUGGGACAAUGGGCUUAAAUAUUUAUGUACGUUUCAUUUUAUAAUUAUUUCAUUAAAUAAGUACUGUAUAGUUCUAUUAUACAGAUACCGAUUUCUUCUACAAUACGAGUUGUCUUGGUGAUUUUGUUGAACUCGUUAAUUGCGAAUGCGGUGCCCUACCCCGUUGCACUAUUUUUGUCUACGUUUUAUUUACACGUAUUUCUCUUGUUGCGUAUUUUCUUCGCCAAAUAUUUUGGCUAUCUUUAUAGCAGUUACGUAAUUUCCGAUGUGAGUAAUUCCGACACCAUGGCCGAUGAUGAAUUAAAUGAAACUCGAUUGUUUUACACAUAGUGGUGUAUGGAUAUAUAUACCAUGCUAAGUUAAAGGGAAUUGAUUUUUGACAUUCUUUGCAUAAGGAUAAAAGCUCAAAGCGUACUAAUCAUGUACCGAUAACAUAGUCGGAAAAUAAUUGCUGUAUGAUUGUAAACAAAAUUAAUAUUUAAACAGUGAAAGUGAAUCUAUUUAGAUAUGUCUAGUGGAAAUUAUCUUUUUAAGGAUAGACAUCACAUCAUAAUGUGGUGGUUUGAGAUAUUAUUGAAUCAUAUUAUUAAAAAUGACAGAAGUAGUGUCCAAAAAUUUUGGUAAAGGACAACUUAUGCGAAAAAGAGACAUGUCAGAUUCGCAGCAUCAAUAUAAUCAACCUCCUCCUGAUAUUAUGCCAAAAGGACUUGCAAUCAAUGGCAUAGGAGGAAGGUUACGCCAAUUGGAAUCUCUUUUUAUUGGUGGUCCUGUUCAAGGAGAAGGAAGAAUAGGACAUACAUUUUCUAUUGAGACACUUAUUGAUAUUUUACUUGUCUUAUAUGAUGAAUGUUGUAAUUCUUCCUUAAGGCGUGAAAAGACUGUCUCAGAUUUUAUUGAAUUUGUAAAACCAGUGGCUACUUGCAUAAAGAGUUUGCAAUUGGCACGAGAAGAUUUUGAAAUAGUAAAAGUUAUUGGUAGAGGUGCAUUUGGUGAAGUAUGUGUUGUGAGAAUGCGUGGUUCAGAUAAAGUAUUUGCAAUGAAAAUUUUGAAUAAAUGGGAAAUGUUAAAGCGUGCAGAAACUGCAUACUUUAGAGAAGAGAGAGAUGUAUUGGUAUAUGGUGAUCGUAGAUGGAUCACAAAUCUUCAUUAUGCCUUUCAAGAUGACAAUAAUUUGUACUUGGUCAUGGAUUAUUACUGUGGUGGAGAUUUGUUAACACUGUUGAGCAAAUUUGAAGAUCGCCUUCCUGAAGAUAUGGCACGUUUUUAUAUAGCUGAAAUGGUUCUGGCUAUUGGGUCCAUACAUGAUUUACGUUAUGUACACCGUGAUAUUAAACCUGAUAAUGUUUUAUUAGAUGCAAAUGGUCAUAUUAGAUUAGCAGAUUUUGGAUCUUGUUUACGAUUAUUUGAAGAUGGAACUGCACAAAGUAAUGUUGCUGUUGGUACACCAGAUUAUAUUUCCCCAGAAAUCUUAAGGGCAAUGGAAGAUGGACAAGGACAAUAUGGACCUGAAUGUGACUGGUGGUCUUUAGGAGUAUGUAUGUAUGAAAUGUUAUAUGGAGAAACACCUUUCUAUGCAGAAUCUCUAGUCGAAACUUAUGGAAAAAUUAUGAACCAUAAGAAUUGCUUUGAUUUUCCAGCAGAUGAUAUAUAUGAAGUUUCUGAAGAAGCUAAAGAUUUAAUGAGAAAAUUAAUAUGUAGUUCGGAAUUUAGAUUAGGUCAAAAUGGAAUUGACGAUUUUAAGAAACAUCCAUGGUUUGAAGGAGUAAAUUGGGAUACUCUUAGAGACAGUACUGCACCUUAUAUUCCUGAAGUUUCUUCACCAACUGAUACAUCAAAUUUUGAUGUUGAUGAUACAGAUGUUCGUAGUUCUGAUGCUGUUCCACCAGCAGCAAAUUCUGCGUUUUCUGCAUUACAUUUACCAUUCGUUGGUUUUACUUUUACUCAAGGAAGUUGCAUAUCAGAUCUUGGUUGUUUAUCUGCUAUAACUCAGAAAGAUAAACGUAUGCAGAUGCUAGAGGAAGAAAAUGCACAACUAAUACAAACACUUGAUGAUUUAAAAAAACAAAUUAAUAUGAAUCAUUCUUCUCCUGGUAUAUCACCAGAUUCUAAUAAUGCAACAAGAAAACUUCAGGAUGAAAUAAAUACACUUACUAAACGCAACUGUGAAUUGGAAUCACAAUUAAAAUCCAUGGAAAUUCCCCGUGAAUUACGUAAUUUAGAUAACGGUGAUAUAACAAAAUUACGAGAAUUAGAAAAAUUAGUACGUUCUCUUCGAUUAGAAAAAGAAGAAGCUAUUAAAGAUAAAUUAGAUGCACAAGAAAAACUUAAACUUCAAGAUAAAGAAUUAAAAGAUGCAUUAACACAACGUAAAUUAGCAAUGGCUGAAUAUACUGAAGUUACAGAUAAAUUAUCCGAAUUAAGACAACAGAAACAAAAAUUAUCUAGACAAGUUAGAGAUAAAGAAGAAGAAUUAGAAGUUGUAAUGCAAAAAGUUGAUAGUUUGCGACAUGAUAUUAGAAAAGCUGAAAAGUUACGAAGAGAAUUAGAAAAUCGAGUUGAAGAGGCUAUGGCUGAAACAAGUAAAGAAAGAAAAUUAAGAGAACGUAGUGAAGAAUAUUGUAAGCAAAUGCAAGAAGAAACAGAAAAAAUUAGACAAAGAUCUAUGGGAAAUGAUGCAGGUGCAAAUCAUGCAUUAGCAACACAAGAGAUUAAUAGGUUAAAAGCAGAAGUUGAAAAACUUGAAGUUCAAUACAAUGAAAAUUUAAAUCAACAGCAAAGUAGGUUCAAUCUUGAAAUUCGUAGUCUUCAAGAACAAUUACAUGAAACUGAAACAAGAAGAGAUUUGCUGGAAAGAGAAGUUCAAUUAACGAAAGAAAAAUUAGAUACUGCAAGAUUAGAAAAUAUUACUGAUAGCGAGGAAACUAUAAACGAAUUAAAUAGACGUCAUGAAAGAGAAAAAAUUAUGCUAGUCGAAGAAAAUAAAAAACUUAUGUUAGAACUUAACACUCUUACUGAUAGUGUUAACAGAAUACAAGGUGAAAGGCGACAAUUAGAAGAAGAAUAUGAAGAACUAAGAAAUAAAAAGGAAGCCAUUGCACAAUGGGAAGCUCAGAUUACUGAAAUUAUUCAAUGGGUAUCUGAUGAAAAAGAUGCUAGAGGAUACUUGCAGGCAUUAGCUACGAAAAUGACUGAAGAAUUAGAAUUUUUAAAACAUUCUGGUGGUGUGGGUGGUGUAGGAAGUGGAUCUACAAUGGCGGAUAAAAAUUGGCGAAAUCGUAGAUCACAGAAACUUGAUAAAAUGGAACUUUUGAAUUUACAAAGUUCUUUACAAAGCGAAAUACAAGCUAAACAAGCAAUAUCUGAAGAGCUUACAAAAACGCGUUCAGAUUUAAUUGCUGCUCAAAAGGAAUUAAGAGACUUUAGACAGCGAUUCGAUACACUCACACAUGAAAUAAAACGUAAAGAAAUGCAAAUAAAAGAAUUACAAGCAAGGCUUGACACAGGCGAUGGCUUUUUAGAACGUCCUACAUCUCAAAUGUCAUAUUUGGAACAUUUUUUGAAAGAAACCGCAAGUAGUACACGUCAUGGAAGUGCAGAUAGUGUGGAAGCUGAUAUUGAGGAUAAUCGUGCACCGAGUAUUUCCAGUAGUAAAAGCAAUUUAUCUGAACUUAGUAUUGAUCCAACAUCACCAUUAUCCCAUGAGCUUCUCAAUAAAUCAUCAACAUCUCAUGGACAAACCAAUCUUCAACCAAAACCAAAAUCUCAUCAAUUUUUAGUAAGAACAUUUUCAACACCUACAAAAUGUAAUCAUUGUACUUCACUGAUGGUAGGUUUAACGAGACAAGGAGUAGUAUGUGAAGUAUGUGGUUUUGCAUGUCAUAUGCCUUGUUGUGAUAAAGUUCCACCAAUGUGCCCAGUACCACAUGAUCAAACAAAACGACCAUUAGGUAUUGAUCCUACACGAGGAAUAGGUACAGCAUAUGAAGGAUAUGUUAAAGUGCCAAAAAUGGGUGGAGUAAAAAAGGGUUGGGUUCGUCAAUUCGUGGUGGUUUGCGAUUUUAAAUUAUUUCUUUAUGAUAUUUCACCAGAUCGUAAUGCAUUACCAUCUGUUUAUGUGUCUCAAGUCUUGGAUAUGCGUGAUGAAGAAUUUAGCGUUAGUUCCGUUCGAGAUUCAGAUGUCAUACAUGCUACAAAAAAAGAUAUUCCAUGCAUAUUUAGGAUAACAACAUCUUUGCUAGAACCACCUGGUUUAAGAAAUCAUACGUUAAUGCUUGCAGACACUGAAAGUGAAAAAACAAAAUGGGUAGUUGCUUUAAGUGAAUUGCAUAGAAUACUAAAAAAAAAUAAUCUUCCUAAUACAACGAUUUUUAGAGCAAAAGAAUUAUUAGAUAAUACAUUGGCACUCAUUAAAAAUGUGAUGUCAGGAGCUAUUAUUGAUCCAGAUCGUCUAGUCAUUGGUACAGAAGAAGGUCUCUUCUGUUUAGAUUUAGAUCGUAGCGAAAUUGCAAGAGUAGGGGAAGGCAAGAAAAUAUAUUUACUGGAAUAUGUAACAGAAGAACAAUUAAUAGUAGUUUUAAGUGGAAAACAACGUCAUGUACGGCUGGUUCCAGUACGUGCAUUAGAUGGAGAUGAAGUUGAAUGGAUUAAAGUUGCAGAAACUAAAGGAUGCAUAACUUUAACGACAGGCAUAGUCCGUCGAAGUCCAUUAACUUAUUGUUUGUGUGUUGCCAUAAAGAAACAGAAUACAUCACAAAUCAUUAUUUAUGAAAUUACACGUACGAAAACACGUCAUAAACGUAUACGUGAAUUGAUGUUAUCAUGUCACGCACAAACUUUACAAAUUCUUUCUGAAGGUCGUUUCUGUGUUGGGUAUCCUUCUGGAUUUUCUAUCUACAGCAUCUUAGGAGACCAUCAUCCUAUUUCAUUGGUCCAUUCUGAGAAUACUCUCUUAGGUUUUCUUACAUAUAGUGCUGUGGAUGCUUUACGUUGUAUUGAAUUGCCACGUGGUGAAUUUUUAUUAGUCUUCCAUACAUUGGCAGUUUAUGUUGACAGCCAAGGUAGAAAGAGUAGAGAUCGUGAAAUUAUGUAUCCUGCUGUUCCAACAGCAGUUAGUUAUUGUGAAGGCUAUUUAUUAGUGUAUAGUGAGACUCAUAUCGAUGUGUUUGAUUGUACAACUGGAGACUGGUUGCAAACACUUAAUGUAAAACGAGCACGACCACUAAAUACUUCAGGUUCUCUGACCUCUUGUAUCAUUAAUGAUAUGCCACAUGUUAUUUUUUUGAGUAAUUUACAUCAACGAGAACUACUUAAUUUAACACCAUUAGAUCCAACUGGUAGACAAAUGACAAAACCGCGAAGAAGAUUUUCAUUAAGAGAAGGAAAUAGGGCUAUUCGUCCCACUGAUAGACGUUCCAAAAUGAUAUCCGCUCCGACAAAUUUUAAUCAUAUUAGUCAUAUGGGUCCAGGUAAUGGAAUACAGAUUCAACGGUUGUUAGACUUGCCUACUACACUCGAAACAGCUGAUCAACAACAUACCGGUCAUCACAGUAGUUCUCAUCUUCAUAGCAGCCAACAAAGAUUAUAUAGUCCUGCAAUUCAAACAUCAAGUAAACCAGCACCAUUGCCUCCUAGGCACCCACCUUCUGAUACUCGACGUCUUAGUUCUCAUAUAUCUAGAAAUUCUGGAUAUUCGCCACAUAAUGGUUCAACAUCAUCACGUAGAGGACCGGCACCGCCAAGACCAACUGCUACUCCACCUUCAUUACCACGUACUCCUGUGGACCAAGUGGAUUCGGAAUCUGUGCAUCUACGAUCGCAUACUCCACUUUCUCUUGGUAGCAUUGCAUCUUUACAUGAUAAGGAACACACUUCUGGUGGAAGUCCUAGACAUUCAAUAGCUUCAAAUAACAGUUCAAAUCCAUCGACACCUCCAAGUCCUGCUCAUGAUCAUGGUUCAUCUUCAUAUGAUUCAUAAAAAUUAAUUUAAUAUUUUUCUCAACAUUAAUAACUUACUGUAAUCAUAUACACUAUUUGAACAAUAAGAUUACAGUAUCUAUGAUAACAUUUUUACACAGAAUGAUAUUCAUAUUUGAUUUUUAGCUAGAAAGUUAUCGCAUUUCUUUUCUUUUUUUUAUUCUGUGCAAUAAAUUUUCUUAACUUUGUGCAUUAUGUUUAUUAUAUUAUAAAUAUCUAACAAAAGGCAUAAUACUCGUAUACAUAUACAAAUGAAUUGAAAAGUUGCACUGUUUUAAUUAUUUAGUUCAGUACAAAAAUUUGAUAAAUAUAUUAACAUUAAUAUAUAUUAGCUUGUGGUACUAUUAUCGCAAUAACUUUCUGGUUUUCAAGAACUUAUAUAUAAUAAGUUAUAUACUUAACAAAGCAAUUUAAAGUUAAUGUAAUGAUAAAUUAUUGUAAAUAAUUUAUGUUUGAAAAUCAUUGAAAAUCAUCUUUAAGAUGCCAUAUAUUACCGAAGUAGGCUGAGUCAUUUUAAUUUUAUUUUUUUUUUAUUUUUGAAUUUUAACGCAGAUAUUUUGCAUAAUUUUAAUUUUUUAUCUUCAACUAAUUGCUUUUAAAUUAAUAAAAAUCUAAA